AUGGGUCACCAGCGCUGGCCCCUGCAUCUGCCACUUACCAUUUUUAUAUUACUGUGGAGUUCAGCAGGUGCGCAGGAGAUCCAUCAAAUAACACCUUACAGUGGCAGCAUCAAUGGAGGAACAAGAGUGACCAUAAAGGGGGAAGGAUUUGCUCCAAAUAGUCUAAAUGCAUCAGACCCAAAUGGGAACAGUGUGACUAUGGUUUCUCAGACGAGAUCGAUUCCCUGUGAUAUCGAAAAAGACUCCAGUAACUCCAAACAGAUUGUGUGCUAUACAAGAGCUCUGCCAGCAGAUUCAUAUAGGGUGGUGGUCAGUGUGUAUGGUGUUCCUUUAGAUCUGUCAUGGUUCUUCAGUACAUUCGGUUAUACACCCACCAUUCAAAGUCUUAGCCCACUUACAGGUCUUCCAGGUACUGUGGUGACAAUCCACGGGAAGAUUAUGACUGAUGUUUAUGGAAGCAGUACCACCAAAAGUUCGAAUGGGAAGAAUACAAGAUUUGUGAGGGCAUACAUGGGUGGCAUGCCUUGUGAUCUACUGAAACCUAAUUCUGAUGAAAAGUAUGGCCUAAAAUUGGACUAUUCUGAUUAUGGAUCCAUGAGUUGCAAAAUGACAGGAACUUAUGUUGGUCAUCACAACUUCAGUUACAUUCUGGAUGGUGGAUAUGGGAGGAGUCUUCCAGAUGUUGAGCUUUUCAGUGUUUCAGCACUGAACAAGCUUGCCAUGUUUCAGACAUAUGCAGAAGUGACAGGAGUUUCUCCGUCUGAAGGCAGCUUGCUAGGUGGCACAUCACUGACUAUUCAUGGACGUUACUUUGAUGAGACCGACCGACCAGCUGAGGUUUUAGUGGGAGGUCAUAAGUGUGAGAUUCAGAGCGUAUCAGAUGGGAAGAUAGUCUGUAAAACUCCUGGUUAUGAAAGGACCAACAUGACACUGUUUCCAGGCAGUAGAGGAUUAAAAAUGGAGAUGUGGAAUGACAGUUUUCCCAGUAAUCUAGAGGACGUUUUGGACUAUAAUGCCAGUAUGUCAGGUUAUUCUGUACAGUGGGUGGAUUCCCUGUCAUAUCUGUGGCCUUUUGAAAUGUAUAAUGCUGUGGCUCGACUGAGUGGUUUCUUUGUUCCGAUGGAAACGGACAACUACUAUUUUCUAAUCAAAGGAAAAUCUAUAUGCCAGCUGUAUUUCAGCAAGACGGGUCUUCCACAGGAUAAGGUCAGGAUUGCAUAUCAGCAUGGAUUUAAAAACUAUUUCGAGGACUCUGAAUCCCAAAAGUCAGAGGUCAUGCAUUUAGAGAAGGGAAAAAUAUACUACAUUGAAGUUCUAGUGCAGAAGAAUUAUUAUUAUCCAGCUUCAGUCGACGUAGGGUUUUUCAAAGAGAUCAGUACUUUCACAGACAACCAGACUAAAGAAGCCAUCAAUGAGAAACAGCAAAUAAAUGCCAACUAUGAUGUUUUACCUGAGAAACAGGUGAUUAGUUUUGAGGAAUGGACACCAGUGAGCGCCGUCCAAGAGAUGCAGACUUUGAGAAUCAGCAGUGACUGCUUCUCUCUGAACAUCUGUGAAAACACAUAUUAUAUUUUGGGAUAUGAAGAAGAUAAAACAGGGCCGAUUCCAGUCAGUGCAUCAGCGCUGGAGUUACAGAAUGCUCUGAAUGAUUUGUGGACGAUUAAACCAGACACUGUUACAGUCACAAAGCAAAAACUGAGCACAGAGACACUUUACAAUGUGACAUUCAACUCAAACAGAGGUGACUUUAGGGAUCUUCAAUAUUGGACCAUGGGAUUAGAUGUAUACAUCACAGUUACUGAGCGGGUAAAAGGGAAGGCCAGUCUGGAGAGUUUCACACUGAUGUGGGGUGGAGUCCCAUCACCUUCUAUGCCUUAUGAUGCAUCCGAGACUGAGGUGCUGGAUGCAAUAAAUGUGAUGCUCUCCGCUAAAUGUCCAUCUGAGAUUCCUUCUAGUGAGGACGAUAAUGUGGUGUUUUUCAGAGAUUAUGAAGAUGGCUUUUCAGGAAACCUGGUCACCGAUACUGAAGCGUUCUGUGGCCGUGGGUCUGUACAGAACCCAAGUACUCUAUACUACCACAAUCCCUACACAGAGUCUGAAACAUCCAACAACCCAAUACCACUACAGACAUACAAUACUCUCUGCUUGGCCUAUAAAGGCCAUAUGAAGAAUGAACUUGAAGUGUCAAUUAGAUACUAUGACAGCAAUUAUGGUUAUAAUAACCAGGUUAAUUAUAUACCAAUCUCUGUGCAGUUUGACUCAACGGAUGAGUGGAAAUACAAGUGUGUGGAUCUCCUGGAUUCCCUUCAGCAAAUAUACACAGGCUCUGACCACAGACUCUUACAGCUGAGUUUGUAUGGAGAGAGCGCUAACUCUGUUUACUACAUAGAUACUGUUCACAUAGGACGGGCAGAGACCGCUUUGGACCCUUAUGUUAUAUUGCAGAAAAGAGGCCCACCUGCUCUUGGCAGCUCAGGACUUUUCUUUUCCAACAUUGAUGUGCAAAAGCAAGUAAGCGAUUCAGGAGUCAGCUAUGAGAUCACAGCAUCACCAUACUACUGUGGCUUUGGCAUCCCAUUGUUGGAAAUCGGCUUUCUGCAGAAAAUGCCAAACAGGACAGAAGAUUUAUUGAUUCAACGCCAGAAGAAUGCCAUAGUGACCAUUACCCGGCUUCACAAAGCCAACCCGCCACUUAAUGGAACCUUUGACGUUUCAUUCUUUGGUCGACGUGUUGAAGGUCUGCCAGUAAACAUCAGUGCUGUGGAUUUGCAGUUCGCUCUACAGGGGAUUCCAGAGCUCGGUCAGCUGAACGUGCAGAAAUUUGGAGAUUGUAAGGGAUACACAUGGGACAUCCGGUGGCUCACUGUCCCUGGCAAUCAGCCACUGUUAGAGAUUGAUUACUCUGGUGUGAUCGGCGUAAACCCUUCUGUGACGUCUCACAAAGUUGAGCAAGGAGGACUUCUCAAGGAAAGAAUUAUGGGAGACUUUCUACGCACACCAACAGAUAAACCACAGGUGGAGGUUUUCAUCAACGGCAUCCCAUCGUGGUGUUCGGGUGACUGUGGUUUCACAUGGAGUGAAUCUAAGACCCCAACAGUGACAGGAAUUUCUCCUACAAAAGGUUCCAGUGGUUUGUCAACUCUUCUCUACAUAACUGGAUCUGGAUUUGACAAUAGCAACGUCACUGUAAAGACUGGUGAUGUGGAAUGCUCUGUUCAAGAGGUCACCAACACCUAUGUGACCUGCAGGGUUGGUCCAGCAAGUGCUGGUAUACAACCAGUGUCUCUGAGGUUCUCUGGACUGGGCAAUGCCCAAUACCACAAUGGCAAUAGUUUUACCUUUACAAACCUGCUAGGAGUAACAUCCAUAUACCCCACUACAGGAAGUGUAGCAGGAGGGGCGAUUCUGACUGUGUUUGGUUAUGGAUUCGCUAAUGAUACAGCUGUCACCAUUGGCACUCAGUCAUGUAAAGUUAUUGAAGCAGAAUUUAGCCAGCUGAGAUGCAUAGUCCCUGCUGGGUCAGCAGGUGUACAGACUGUGACAGUGAGCAUGGGAGAGAUAACAGCAUCUUUAACCAACUCCUUCAAAUACAACAACACUCUGAUGGCCACCAUCACUGCUGUCAGCCCACAAACUACAACAGUAUUUGGUCUCAGAGUUCUCACCAUCUUGGGCAGAAAUUUUGAGGUGCAGGUCAAUACCAGCUCUGUUUUGAUUGGUGAGACCAAAUGUGAAUUGUUAAAGUGGACCAACGAAAACAUUACCUGCAUGUUACCCACACUCGGCCCAGCUGUAUACAAUAUUCGUGUGAGAGUCGGGAACAAGGGCUACGCCUUAAUCAGUGCUGGUGUUAGUAGCACCAUAGAGUAUGUCCUGAAGGUGUCAGGUUUCUCUCCACUGCUGGGUUCCUUGUAUGGAGGAACCACCAUCACCAUCACCGGCUCUGGAUUCAGCUCAGUCCCAACAGACAACAAUGUGACUCUGGGAGAUAUACAAUGCCACAUAACCAAAGCCUUAGACCAUCAACUGACAUGUGUAACCCAGCCUACAAACAAAACAUACAUGGUGACAAACCAAGGUUACCAUCCCGUGUAUGGUCAGGGUUACGCCUGGAGUCCCUCUGCACUUUUAGUCUCAGUGGGAGAUACAGUGGUUUGGCGCUGGGAAGCUCCUACUUUUGUUUAUGAUGUGGGCUACAGGGUCUUCAGUGUGUCCAGUCCCAGCAGCACUGAUUAUGAUGGCAUUGUCUUCAACAGUGGAGACACCAAAACUGACAAAGGGUUUUUUGCUUAUCGUUUCACAUCUCCUGGAGUUUAUUACUAUAGCAGUGGUUACAUUGACUCCAGUAACCAGAUGAAAAUGCAGGGCGUAGUCACCGUCAGGCCUCUGGAGGAGAAAACGGUUAAGCUCCAGUUGUCUAUUGCUGGAAUACAGGCCUCUGUGAAUUCAGCCUCGGUGCAAAUAAACUCAUCUGAUUCUGAGUGUGUGGCCACAUCUGACUGUGUUCGAGAUCAGCUGAAGACUUCUGAUGGUCUGUACUUCAGUUUUACUUCCUGUGCCAGUCCCACUGUAGAAAAGAUUACUCCUGACCACGGUACCACGCAUGACAUCAUCAACAUCCUGGGAUCUGGCUUCAGCAACACUUCCUGUGCAAAUGAGGUCAGAGUUGGAGGUAACCUGUGUCAAAUCAUCAGCAGCACCUCCACUAAGAUUAACUGCAGAUUCAGUCCUGAGAGUGGUGCUCCAGUGGCCAUCCCCUUACCCGUAACCGUCCGGGUCAACAACCUGGGUACAGCCAUCAUGACAAUGCCAAAAGAGUCCGACCGCAGAUUUGUGGUUCUACCUGUGGUUGAUUCUGUCUCUCCCUCUGUGGGCAGUACGACCGGUCAAACACGUCUCUUCAUCUCAGGUUCUGGUUUCUUAAACGCAUCUGUUAUGGUAGCAAACGCUCCAUGUGAUGUGGUUUCCAUGAACUACUCCCACAUAGUGUGUGACACCUCGCCAUCUCAGACUCGCAGGGGAAACGUAGUAGUUUACGUUAACAGCAUCUCUUCCUCUUGCAGUUCUGAUUGCAAGUUUGUAUAUUCGUCAUCUAUUGCACCAGUUGUCUCCAGUGUGUCACCUGACUCUGUUACUGGAAACUCUACUACUGUUUUAAUCACUGGCAGCGGCUUUGGGAACAAUACAGCUGAUCUGAGAGUAUCUGCUGACGACAUUGUUCUGAAAGUCACAAAGGUUACAGAUAACAACAUAAAACUUUUGGUUGGUGCCCUGCCUGCUGGGGAACAUGCCCUGCAGGUAGUGGUCAUGAGCAAAGGUCUCGCCACAGGAAUCUUCACCCUGACCAGCACACCACAGGCCACCAUUCACCCAACAUCAGGAAGCUUUGCUGGAGGAACUCCACUCUUGAUUGAAGGAAAUGGCUUUGUGGAAGGAAAAACCACUGUGAUGUUUGAUGGUUACCUCCCCUGCUCAAUUCUGGAAGUGACCCCAGACACAGUGAAAUGUUUAACAGCUCCUCAUUCAGAGGGAGAGGUGCAGGUGGAUAUUAGGGUGUAUGAUGUUGAGUACCCACAACAAAGUUUUAACUACGCACUUGAACAAACUCCAGACAUCACCUCAGUGGACCCUGUAACAGGUCCUGUGGGAACAGAGAUCACUGUGUCCGGUUCAGGGUUUGGCACAGAUUCAGGGCUCAUCUCAGUGGAGAUUGAUGGCGUGGAUUGUCAUGUGACAUCCACCACAGACACACAGUUACUGUGCACUGUUGGGGAACACGCAGGAGGAACGUUUCCGGUUAUGUUAUACCAUCAGGUCAAAGGUCAUGCCUUGACACAGUCUGUCUUCAGCUAUGAACUGCUCCUGACAGGAGUCACACCAAAUGAAGGAAGCUUUGCUGGAGGAGCUGUUGUUGCCAUUCAAGGUUCUGGAUUCGACCCAAACUCCACCAAAGUCCUCAUAUGUGACAACGAGUGUGCUGUAGACCUGCAGAUGUCCACAUCUACCCAACUGUACUGUGAAGUCCCAUACAGCAAUGUAACACAUGAAACAGAUCAGGUCUGUGAGGUUGCAGUGAUGAAUGGCAAUGAUACAGUCUACAUCCCAGACGGCUACACAUACAGAUCCUCUUUAACCCCGGUUAUCAGUGAUGUCACACCACGCAGAGGGGGAACAGCCGGAGGCACCAGACUCACAAUUACUGGAUCAGGCUUCAGCGUAAAUGCCGGUGAACUUAGCGUGACUAUUGCGGGAUCUGUCUGCGAUGUACAGUCAGCCAGUCAGACCCAGAUUAUUUGUGUGACCAACGCUCAAAACAAAUCACAGGAAACUAAAGUGCGAGUCCUAAGAGGAAACAGAGGAAUCGCCACAAUGGAUCAUGCUGAUUUCUUCUACAUUGAUGUAUGGUCAUCUCCCUAUACAUGGGGUGGUCUCUCUCCUCCUGAUACGGGCACACUGGCUGUAAUCACUGCUGGUCAAACCAUUCUGUUGGACACCAGCACUCCUGUCCUAAAGAUGCUCCUCAUCCAAGGUGGACGGCUGAUUUUUGAUGAGGCAGAUAUUGAGCUACAGGCGGAGAACAUUCUGAUCACAGAUGGUGGAGCUUUACAGAUCGGGACAGAGCAGCAGCCCUUCCAGCAUAAGGCCAUCAUUACACUGCAUGGACACCUGAGAUCUAAAGAACUUCCUGUCUAUGGUGCUAAGACCCUGGGUGUCAGAGAAGGAGUGCUGGACUUGCAUGGAAUCCCAGUACCUGUACCGUGGACUCGUCUUUCCCAGACUGCACAGAGUGGCUCCAGUACUCUCACACUGUUGGAUGCUGUCACCUGGAAAACUGGAGAUGAAAUUGUCAUUGCUUCAACAGGGGACAGAUACCCAAUUACAAAAAUAUGCAUUAUAAUGCAGUCAAAGAAUGAUUCCUCUCUAUUUAAGGUUUAUCAUGCUGGACAGGGGUUCCGCCUGGGGCGACAUCCAAUCCACUGGCAUCUAAUGGGUGAUGUUCAGUAUAAGUCGUAUGUGCGUGGCUGUGCCAUACAUCAAUCUUACAACCGUGCUGUGGCCAUCCGCAACACCCACAACCUACUGGUGGAGCGUAAUGUCAUCUACGAUAUUAAAGGUGGUGCCUUCUUUAUCGAAGAUGGCACUGAGACCGGAAACAUCUUGCAAAACAAUUUGGCCAUAUUUGUAAGACAGAGCACAAGUUUGCUAAAUGACGAUAUUACUCCAGCUGCAUACUGGGUAACCAACCCAAACAACACCAUUAGACAUAAUGCAGCGGCUGGUGGGACGCACUUUGGUUUCUGGUACCAGAUUGAUAAUUGUCCUAAUGGUCCAUCACCAUAUGAUACCCACAUCUGUCCGAAUAAAAUACCACUUUUAGAGUUUUUUAAUAACACAGUGCAUUCACAGGGCUGGUAUGGAUUGUGGAUCUUUCAGGAGUAUUUUCCUAUGCAGAAUGAUAACAGCUAUUCCUCAAUGUCAACACCAGCCCCAGCAGUCUUCCGCCGCCUGACCUCCUGGAACAAUGAGAAAGGUGCUGAGUGGGUGAAUGUUGGAGCUGUGCAGUUCAGUGAGUUUCUUAUGGUCAAUAAUGAAAAAGCAGGAGUGGAGACCAAGAGGAUCACAUGGGGCUAUGUUAGUGGAUGGGGGCUGGAAGGAGGUGCAGCUGUGGUCAACAGCACCAUUGUGGGUCAUGUGGAUGAGCUGGGAUUGGGAAAUGAUUACUGCACCACACAUGGCGUUGUUCUGCCCCUGGAAGAUGGUUUGAGUGUCAUCAACACCAAUUUUGUGAACUUCAACCGGGUAUCAUGCGCAGCUGUUGGGGUGGCAGAACUUAUUGGAACCUGCACAUUCCGCUGUGGAGGCUGGAGCGCGAGGUUUGGUGGGAUCCGAUUCAAUCAGUCACCCAACAAGGCCAGGUUCAGAUGGGAGCAUGAGGUGGUGCUUGUAGAUACUGAUGGAACCCUGACAAGGAAAUUGAACUCCAAGGUGGUGCCAAUGAGUUACCUGCUCGAUCCAAGUCACUGCUCUCAAGUAGCAGAUUGGAGUGUCGGUGUUCCUGGGGCAGUUUGUGACAACACCAUUAACUUCCAUCGUUUGGUUUUCAACAAUCCAAAUCCAGGAUCACUUCGGUAUAACAAUGUGAUUCUUACCAACUCUUUUGGGUCAUGUGAGCUACCUUAUCUUGAAACGCUUAUGACUGACAAUAAUAACUGGAUGGCAUUGCUUCCUUCAAACCAAACCUAUAACUGGUACUUUGAGGAUGGUUAUCAAAUCAGCACCAUAAAAUAUACUGGAAUGAUCUACGGCUUUAAGCCAGAGGAUUAUAUCAUUCUGACUCACAACUUUACUCAAGAUUUUGAAGGGUUCUGGUUCCACAUUAUAGAUUACCGAAAAAGUGCCUCACAGCCCCUGGACCCUGCUGUGAAUGUAAAUGGAGACUGGUACUUCAACAAGGAUUCAUACAGCGUCUAUUACUUGGUGUCUGGAAGAGAUCAUACCUCAAUCCCAAAAAGCAGUGUGGACCGUUCGCUUAAAGACAUACAUAUAGACUUCUAUUCAUAUCCGUGUGACUAUCAGAACUGUAUCCAACCAACACAACCUCCAACAACUUCACCUCCAACUCCUUUACCUGGUCAAUCUGGUCAAGGUGGUAAACCUUUUAACUCUGCCUGGUCAAAUACAUUAUUUUGGAGGUCAAGCUCAGCAAACAACUACGUUGUGCCACAAACAGACUCUGAUGUGGUCAUUCCAUUAGGGACAUGUGUGGUUGUAGACACUGAAAUUCCUUCCCUGAACAAGCUGACAAUACUGGGAGUUUUGGUGAUACCAGACACAAAUAAUGGCACGGCAAACAUUGGUGGUUCUCAAUAUAACAACAUUGUUCUUGAAGUCACAUACAUCUCCAUUCAGGGUGGCCAACUGAUUGCUGGGCAGGCUGAUGAACCCUUCAGAGGUGAACUACAGAUCAUACUGAAAGGAAACCACCUCACGCCAGAUUGGCAGUUGCCUGGAAUAAACCAGGGGUCUAAAGUGCUGGGUGUGUUUGGAUCUCUUGAUCUGUAUGGCAUACCACACAAUGUGUAUCACACUAAGCUGGCUAAAACGGUCCAAGCGGGAAACAACACUCUCUUUCUGGAGGAAACUGUUGACUGGAAGGUUGGAGAUCAGAUUCUGCUGUCUACCACCAGUUAUGACCCACGGCAGACAGAAAUUUGCACCAUAAAUGCAGUCUCAGAUAAUGGCCGCACACUGAUCCUGGAUCGGCCUGUAUCAUACACACACAUUGGAAAAAGGUACAACGUUCCAGGAUCUUCUAGAAGCUAUCAGCUUGCAGGGGAUGUGGGUCUGUUGACCAGAAACAUCAAGAUCAUUGGACAGGAGUAUCCAGCCAUGAACACACAGUCUUAUGGAGCAAGAGUACUGGUGGCCACUGUCCCAGGAGCAAAAUCUGACUACAGAGGAAGAGCUCAGAUCAGAAACGUUGAGUUCUACCACACAGGACAGGAGGGAUGGAACGACCCAUCAGAUCCACGUUACUCUCUGGCGUUUCUGAACCUGGGAGAUGUGGCUGGUGAGUCCUACAUCAAGGGAUGUGCUUUUCAUGAUGGCUUUGCUCCUGCUAUUGGGGUGUUUGGAACAGAUGGACUCAAUAUCGAUGACAACGUGAUUCAUCACACUGUUGGAGAAGGAAUCAGAAUAUGGGGUGAUAACAGUGCUGUCCGGAGAAAUUUGGUUACUAUGACACUAUGGCCAGGAUCCUACAAUGGUGCAGCGGAGACUUUAAACACUGAAUGGAAUGCAGCCAUUGAGGUUAGUGAAGCAACCAAUGUGAUUCUUCAAGGGAAUAUUGUUGCUGGUUAUGAACGAGUGGGAUUCAGAAUUGAUGGAGAACCUUGUCCAGAAUCAGAUUCAGUGGCCCAGUGGAGUGAGAAUGAAGCACAUGGUGGUCUGUAUGGAAUCUACAUGAAUAAAGACGGACUUGCUGGCUGCUCUCAAAUCCAGGGGUUCACCGUCUGGAAAAGUUUUGAUUUUGCCAUUUAUGUUCAAGUAUCUAUGAAUGUGUACAUCUCCAAUGUGACUUUAGUUGAUAAUGGAAUGGGCAUCAUGCCUAUAAUCUACAGUCCUCCAUCUGUCAGCCACGAAUAUGAUGACAAAACCAUCCAUGUAGAGGAGUCUCUGAUUGUGGGCAGCAGCCCUGAUUUUAACUGUCUGGACAAACUGGCAACAACUGAGACAUACGUUGCCCUCAGCAAAAGCCACAGGGCUCCACGACCCCCUAAAGGUGGCAGGUCUGGAGUUUGCUGGCCGACGUUUGAAUCUGACCACAACCAAGCACCACAGAAACCUCACCCUGGACUCACAAGCUACAACGCCAUAGCCGGUUUACUGACAGUCUCUGAUACAACAUUUGUUGGGUUCAGGAAUGUUUGUUCCACUGAAAGAAAUUACAUGUUCAUGACCAACCCAGGAAAUGAGGACCUACAACAUCCAAUCAGUGUUGAGAGGAUCUCUAAGAUAGACAGCACUGAAGAAUCUCUAGCAUUCAUUCAUAACCCUGAUCUCAGUAAAGUGAACCCAUCCGACUGUGUGGACAUGGACUGUGAUGCUAAGAAGAAGACUCUGUUGAAGGAUCUGGAUGGAAGUUUCUUGGGUGCAGUAGGAGCAGUGGUGCCGUAUUCAGAGUACGAGUGGAACGGAGACCAGCGGCAUGGAUUGGGUGAUUACCGCAUCCCUAAAGUCAUGCUCACUGCUCUCAACGGCAGCCGCAUACCUGUCAAUCAAAUAGCUCCUAAUAAAGGUGUGAUCAGAGACUCUUGUACAUACAUGAACACCUGGCAGAGCUACAAGUGCUUUGGACUCAAUUAUCAGAUGUUGGUUAUUGAAAGUAUGGACGCAGACACAGAAACAAGACGUCUUUCACCUGUAGCUAUCCUUGGGGACACAUAUGUAGAUUUACUGAAUGGCCCACAAGACCACAGCUGGUGUACAGGCUACGCCUGUAAGAAGAGAGUGUCUCUGUUUCAUAGCAUUGUGGCCACCAAUAAAUCCUUUGAUAUCUAUUUCACCAGCACAACACCACAGAAGCUGAGACUUAUGAUGCUCAACGCUAACACUACAGAGGCUGUUAGGGUGGCUAUAUUUUACUCAAACCCUCAGCGGUUAGACGUGUAUGUAAACGACAAUUUAGUUGCUCCAACUAAUGCUCAGUGGAAUCCAGACAACACAGAUUACACAACAAUUGAGCCCACAUAUCCAGGUGAAUAUCUUCCAAGUUUUGACUCCGAUCACGGUUCCAACUUCUUUGACCCAGACUACAAUAUGUUGUACAUACUUCUUUGUGGCUCACAACCGGUCCAGAUCCGCACUUCUCCGCUUCUUUUCGUGGCCUUCAACCUCCCGGCCAUGACUGAGGCAGAGUUCUUUGGACCUAAUCUUGUCAGAAAUCUGGCUGCAUUCCUCAAAGUACCACCGAAUAUGAUUCGAAUCACCAAGAUCAUCCGUGAGGGCAGCAGUGCACGAAGACGGCGUGCGACUGGACUGACGGUUGAGAUUCAGAUCAGUCAGCCACUCAUUCAGACCAUCAGCACCGACAACACCACCAGCACCACUAUUGAAGAUGAGCAGCAAUUUGUGAUUCUGAGGAACGCUGCUGAUGAACUGGGCCGUGCUGCUGUAUCAGGCGAUCUGAGUCAAGCCAUUGGCUUCAAUGUGUCUUCUCUGGACAUGAUCACCCCUCCACCCCCUUCCAGUGACCCAUCCUGGAGUCAAGUGGCCACUCAGGAGGUGACCCGUGAAGACCCACAGUUGGAGUCGGUCAGCACAGUGUCUUCACUGAUAAUUGUGGUCCAACCGGUGGCUGCGUUGUACCCUGGACCCCUCAGCGUGCAGCCCAGCAUCAUGGCUGUGGAUGCAGAGGGUAACUGUGUGUCUGUGGGUGUGACGAGUCUAGCAAUCUUAGCUGAACUCAAAGAUGCUAAUGGGAAUCCAGCAGAGGGACUUUCUGGAAACACAUUCAUCCUGUUUAAUGGCUGCUGGGCAAAUUACACAGACCUCAGCAUCUUAAACACUGGUGUUAACCUGAAGUUGGCAUUUACUCUGAAUGAAUGGAAUGCUGAGUCGAGAUCCUUUACUGUCAGAGAGGUUACAACUCCUGCUCAACACCCAGUUACAACUCCAGCACCUGUGGUUGUCACCCCGGAAUUGGAAUUUACAAGCAUCUUUCACUCCAGUUCAUCCAUCUCAUCACCAUCUGUGUGUCUGCUCGUGCUUUUGAGCAGUUUACUCCUCCUGCUCAGAGAAACCUAGGAACAAAUCAAACCAUUUGAAAAUGUGCAAUAUAAAACCUGUCUUCUCUGUUAACCCUUAAAAUCCAUAUUACGCAUUUACUCAUAAUUAUAUACAGAUAUUCAUUAAUCAUUAUUUAGGCCAACAUUCUAUAAUGAUUCAUAAUCAGUCCUAAACAUCUAUUACUUCUGUCAAAAUUAAACUUUUAAUAUAUUUUAACUUUGAAUAUUUAAAUAUUAAUAUGUCUAUUUCCUUAUACUUAAAUGUAAGCAUAUUUACACUCUUCCUUCUAUCACCAAUAAAAAUCAAUUUCUAGCAUG